CAGGAGACUAUAAAUUAACAUGUCGGCCUCAACCCAUGUCAACGACUCAAUCCAGGUCGUUAACGACACUUCUUGGCUGAUUGGCCAAAGACUCCUCCUCUCACGUCACGCUGCACCGCCCCCCAACCGCAACCAGCCGUCCUGGAGUGACGGGAGCGGCGCGUUUUUCAUCCUCUCCGAUGCUCCUUCGCCCUCACCACAAUGCCAACCACACCCGGCCCACUCACCUGAGCUACCGCGAAUAUAUGCCGCCGGGGACCAAUCCGCCGUUUGGCGUGCCGGGGAAGCCUUCAUCAAGAUACAAAACCUUACGGAUCCAAAGAGCACCCGGGAGCACGUCACACUCGACUUCUUGCAACGCAAGAAGCCGCUCGAAUUCAAGAUCCCCACCGUGCUCCACCAUGGCGAGUGGGAGGGUCGAUAUUAUCUCUUUCUCUCCCGCGUACCCGGCCAGACACUGACAGAGGCUUGGCCUGGCAUGGAUGAGGAGCUGCGGCAGUAUUAUGUCCAUCGUGUGGCCGAGCUGUGCGAAAGGAUGUCCGCGUGGGAGGGCGAAGCCAUCUCCGGAGUUGAUGGAGGCCAGCUGACGGAACUCUACUUGAGGAAGGGCAAAACCCUCGAUCCCGACAUCAUCCGAGACAACUGCGUGGGCAUUGGCAUGGAUGUUUCUUCUUUGGUGUUCUAUCACUGCGACUUAGGGCCGGGGAACAUUCUUGUUGGGCCAGAUGAGGACAGAGGGAUAGGGAUUAUUGACUGGGAGGUUGCCGGAUACGUCCCGAGAGAGUGGAUUCGGACAAAGUUUCACCUCUCCUCUGGGAUGGAUUUCCCCACCGUAGAGGACGCGCAGAAAUCAGACUGGCGUCGUCUUGUGUCCAGGAAACUAGCUGCCAUGGGGUUCAAGGAGGUCAUUGAUGGAUGGUUGGCCUUUCCCAGCGCCUAGGAACCAACGUUUAGGCAACUCUGGGGGAGAGGCAUAGCGUUAGAGGACGGAAUCAGACAGUCUUCUUUACUGCUACAAGGUCGCUGUCAUGAACUUUACUCG